AUGGCUUCAUCCCAGCAAAACUCAUUUUCCACUCCAAAGUGGUGGAAGGAGUCCGUUGUAUACCAAAUUUAUCCAUCAUCCUUCCAGUCCUCGCCAGGGGCCAAGCUGCCGGGAUGGGGCACUGUCAAAGGCAUGACCUCGCGGCUGGACUACCUCAAGUCACUGGGCGUCGACGUGCUCUGGACCAGCCCGAUCUACAAGUCCCCGCAGGCCGACAUGGGUUACGACAUCGCGUCGUACAAGGAGAUCGACCCGCGCUACGGCUCGCUGGAGGACGUGGACGAGCUGAUCGCCGAGCUCAAGAAGCGCGGCAUGAAGCUCAUGAUGGACCUGGUCGCGAACCACACCUCGGACGAGAACGCCUGGUUCCUUGAGAGCCGCAGCAGCAAGGACAGCCCCAAGCGGGCGUGGUACCACUGGCAGCCGCCCAAGGGGUUCGACAGCCACGGCAAGCCGGUCCCGCCCAACAACUGGGCGCAGAUCCUGGGCGAGGCCAACUCGGCUUGGACGUGGGACGAGAAGACGCAAGAGUUCUACCUUAGCCUGUUCACGCCCGAGCAGCCCGACCUCAACUGGGAGAACCCCGAGGUCAGGGAGGCCGUGUGGGAUGUCAUGCGCUUCUGGCUCGACCGCGGGGCGUGCGGUUUCAGGAUGGACGUGAUCAAUAUGAUUUCCAAGGUCCCGGGCUACCCCGACGCUGACGAGGUGCUGGGCCCGGACCAUAAAUACCAGCCCGCGUGGAAGCACACGAUCAAUGGCCCGCGGCUGCACGAGUUCAUGCGGGAGAUGCACGACACGGUGCUGAGCAAGUACGAUACAAUCACCGUCGGCGAGAUGCCUGGCAUCAGCGACGACAACGAGGUCCUGCGGACGGUUGGGGCGAACUCGAAGGAGCUCAACAUGAUCUUCAUUUUUGAUGUGGUCGAUAUAGAUAGGUACGAUGUUCGGAUGACCUUACGCCCUUGGACGGUCAAGGAGAUGAAGGGCAUAAUCAGCCGGUGGCAGAACGUGAUGAUCGAGAAGGAUGGGUGGAACUCGGUCUUCAUCGAGAACCACGACAACCCCCGGUCCAUCUCCAGGUACGCGAGCGACAGCGAUGAGAACAGGGACAAGUCGGCGCGGCUGCUGGCCCUGAUGCAGACAACCCUCGGCGGCACGAUGUUCGUCUACCAGGGCGAGGAGAUCGGCAUGCGCAACUGCCCCAAGGAGUGGCCCAUCGAGGAGUUUAAGGACAUCGAGACGAUCAACUAUUUUAAGAAGGUCAACACGAUAUAUAAGGGCCAGCCGGAGAAGAUCGCAGAGGGCCGGGACAUCAUCGACGCGAAAGCAAGAGACCACGCCCGGACACCAAUGCAGUGGGACGCGUCCCCGAACGCAGGGUUCUGCGAGCCCAGCGUCACGCCGUGGAUGCGCGUCAUGGACGACUACAAGACGGUCAACGCCGCAGCCCAGGUCGACUUCAAGUCGGACACGGAGCUCUCGCCGUGGCAGUGGUGGCAGCGGGCGCUCGCCGACCGCAAGGAGCACAAGGACGUGUUCGUCUACGGCGGCUUCGAGGACCUCUCCGCCGACCACGACACGGUGUAUGCCUACGCGCGGACGAGCAGCACCACCAAGGGGGAGAAGUGGGUCGUGGUCCUCAACUUCUCGGGCGACGAGCAGGACUUUUCGUUGCCCAAGGGCGUCGAGGUCGACUUCUGGGCGGCGACGACUUAUGGCAAGUCGAAGGCGGAAGGCAAGGCGCUCUCCGGGGCGGUCACGUUGAAGCCUUGGGAGGGUCUUCUUGGGAAAUGCAAGGCUGUGUGA